AUGUCACAGGAGUCUGGACAUCCAGGUUCAUUGCCCAGAAAUGCGCCUCAGCAAGAUGACCGUGCACUCGACAAUGACCGGAGGCUGACAGGAAGCCGACAUCUUACUCGCCGGCCGCCUCAGCGGCCCCGACCUCAGUCAUGGCAUCCAUAUGGACCCGUGGAGCCACCACUAGAACGGAUGUCAUCCCGACCUAUUGGUGUCCAUGCCAUCCUGAACCAUCCAUCACAGACAACAGCCGACCUGGCCGCACUCAGCGGACGUGAGCCAUUGGGUCAACCAGUGUCCUCGUCCUCGCCUCGACCCCAAGUCUCUUCACCCACAACGCGCCCCGGUUACCCAUUGCCACAGGCGUUAUCUCCGAGAUCUCAUUCACGCCCUCUGAUGAACCCAGCAUCGCCUUCGGUCCGGUUUGCUGGUGGGGGCGGCAGGGCUUCUGGUCAUUCAAGUGUCGCACAAUCACCGCUACUUCCCCAUGAAUCUCUGGUGGGCCCACGUCUGCCUGCCACGAGUUCGCCUCUGCCACUAGAGACGGGCUUACGUCCAAUCGCAUCCCUCACAAGCACGCAGCAUCCUGCGCUAACGCCACUACAUUCACUACAUUCUGCACCCAGUGUACACUCUCGACGGACCAGUUCCAACCCAGGGCCUCUGACCAAUCCAAGCUCCCAAGAAACGAGCCCCAGCACGCCUCGUCCAACCUUCAGCCCAUUCGGUGUAUCACCAGCAGUUGCCGAUGUCUCCCUCCCGCAAAGUGUGGCGUCGUACCCUACUGCACCUCCAUACAUGACAAUGGACCCUUUGUCCCGUACCAUCCCCGCAACGAAAGAUCCCCAAGCCCAACCCGAAACAGCCGCUUCACGAGCCGGAACACCCCAGUCCACCCAAACCCCACCAGGAAUGAUUCCCUGCGUCCUAGACAUGCGUUCCGGCUCCUCCAGCCAAGCAGAAAAGCGCAAAGCCAACAGCGACGCCUCACGCCGUUUCCGCAACCGCAAGCGCAACGAAAUGCAACUCGAGCAGCGGCUUAGUGCCCAGCAGGAAGAAAUCCAACGUAGCAUGGAAACAGUCCGUCGCCAAAGCGAAGAGCUCCGAGCCCUUCUCCAACAACGAGACCACUAUCGCUCCGAGCGAGACUUCUACCGCAAUCAACUCGGCCGCACCAUGUCCUUAAGCGCCCUUGGCCCAAGACCUCCUUCCCCACGCCUCACCCAACCAACUCCCCUCCCAGCAUCCGAUCCAGGCCCCUCGGCGACGUGGUCGGGCGCCGAUGCUGCCCGACCUACUUCAGGCACACAACCCCCCGCGACCAGUCCUGCUCCACAUAGGACGCACGAACCGGCCCAGUCCCAGCCUGGUUGGCCGGCGAGUCCCCCAUAUUCCUCAAAUCCCGUCGCACCCGUCGGACGUGCGGUUGCUGGGCCCCCUACCGGGUCGCCGGCGCUAUCUGGGAACCCGUUGCCGCCAAUGCAGGGAGCUUGGUCACGGCCGUGA